AUGUUAGUUGUAGAUGCAUUCGCCGGUGUUGGUGGGAACAGCAUCCAAUUGGCGAUUAAAGGAGCACAAGUUAAGAUGAUCGCGAUUGAUUUGGAUCCGAUACGGUUGAAAUGCGCCAGGGAGAAUGCAAAGGUGUAUGGUGUCGAAAAUCGCAUUGAGUUUAUCUGUUGCGAUUUCUUUCAUUUUGCAGCUAAAUGGACAGAAAACAUUGGAAAAUCUGCGGAUGUGGAUGCAGUAUUCCUCAGCCCGCCUUGGGGAGGCCCCAGUUAUUUGAAGUCGGAGGUGAGCAUUAAAAAUCCGCAAAAUCGUUUUUAAUU